AUGCCUUUGUCUGAUCUCCCUCUGAAGAUCGCCCUACCCGCCGCUGCGGCUGCGGCUGCCUAUCUGAAUGCACGAUGGGCCCUCUCCCACGACAUUGGCCUGAUCACCUCGGGAUUAAAGAUGGCCUUGAAAGCCCGCGUCGCCGAACGUGGCGACCGUUUGAACCUCUUCUAUAACCUCGAGGCCCAAGCGCUCUCUCCCGCGACCGCAGACAAUGACUUCAUUGUAUACAACGGCCGCACCUGGUCCUUCCGGGAGACCUACCUGAUGGCCUUGCGCUACGGAGCCUGGUUCAAGAAUGUACGCGGUGUUCGCCAGAAGGAUAUUGUCGCCAUCGACUUCAUGAACUCCUCCACCUUCAUCUUUAUGACCCUAGGUCUAUGGAGCAUCGGCGCCAUCCCCGCUUUCAUCAACUACAACUUGACCGGCAAACCCUUGACCCACUCAGUGCGUACCUCGAGUGCAAAGCUCCUGAUCGUCGACGAGGAAGUCCGCAACUGUUUCCCGCCAGAGCAGCUGAAAACAUUCGCUUCCGAGAGCUUUCGCGAUGGGAAAGGCCCGGUCGAAGUCGUCUUCCAUACAUCUGACAUUGAAGCCGAGGUUCUAGCAAUGGAGCCAGCACGCGAAGAGGAUAAGGUCCGUGGUGGACAGGCGGCCCGCGACAUGGCUUUAUUGAUCUAUACAAGUGGAACCACAGGCCUUCCCAAGCCAGCUAUCGUGUGCUGGAAAAAGUGCUGGGCAGCCUCCUUGUUCGUAGGCGAUUGGAUGAAAGUUGGCCCCUCGGAUCGUUUCUUCACGUGUAUGCCGUUAUACCAUUCCUCCGCUUACAUUAUGGGCUUCGUCACCUGUCUGUUUAACGGGGCGACCCUUGUGAUUGGUCGCAAGUUCUCCGCGCGUACCUUCAUGAAGGAAGCUCGCGAGAACGACGCAACAAUCAUCCAGUACGUGGGCGAGACGCUUCGUUACAUCAUGGCUGUACCACCCGAGACCGACGCGACCACUGGGGAAGACUUGGACAAGAAGCAUAACAUCCGAGUCGCCUUCGGCAACGGUCUACGCCCCGAUAUCUGGAAUCGCUUCAAGGAACGCUUCAACAUCCCCACCAUUUGUGAAUUCUACGCAGCUACUGAGGGCACAUCCGGAUCUUGGAACCAAUCCUCGAACGAUUUCUCAGCCGGCGCGAUCGGUCGUAAUGGUGUACUAGGCAACUUCAUUCUUGGCCGUGGAUCAGCUAUUGUGGACGUCGACCACGAGACCCAGGAGCCGUGGCGCGAUCCGAAGACAGGCCUCUGCAAGAAGGUGCCCCGAGGCGAUCCUGGCGAGCUGCUCUUCGUCAUCGAUGCGAACGACCCCAAAGCCAAUUUCCAAGGCUAUUUCCAGAACAACCAAGCGACCGAGAGCAAGAUUAUUCGCGAUGUCCUGAAGAAGGGCGACGCAUACUUUCGCACUGGCGACAUGGUGCGUUGGGACAAAGAUGGUCGUUGGUUCUUUUCCGACCGACUCGGCGAUACAUAUCGCUGGAAGAGCGAGAAUGUGUCUACAAACGAGGUUGGGGAGGUCCUUGGCUCACACGCAGAGGUUCAUGAAGCCAACGUGUACGGCGUGACUCUACCUAACCACGAUGGUCGUGCUGGAUGUGCCGCCAUUGUCUUCAACCAGCAGGUGGCCAGCGGUACCUCGGGUCCUGCAUUGGAGCCAUCUCGAGCCAUCCUGGACAGCUUGGCGGCUCACACCCUUCAGAAUCUGCCGCGGUUUGCGGCGCCUCUGUUCCUUCGCGUCACGACUGAGAUGCAGUCUACUGGUAACAACAAGCAACAGAAACAUGUACUACGCAGCGAGGGCAUUGAUCCCUCGUUGGUCUCGAAGAAUGACCGGCUCUACUGGUUGCAGGGAAACACUUAUGUUCCUUUUGAGCCGAAGGAUUGGGCCCGUUUAACCGGUGGUCAAGUUCGACUGUAA